AUGGCACCGUUUAUAGUUGUUUUGUUGACAGUGAUCUAUCUUAACUUUGCUUUGGGCGACGCCUGUCCUGUCUUUACUCAACAGCUCAGUGAUCCUCCCUAUGAGAAUUACUUUUACUCUGACUGCAACACCGAUGCCCAGGUCGUCGUGACCAGCCCUCUUCCCGAUAGCAAUUUGUCAAUCAUUGGUCCUCGACUGAUUGUCGCAUGGCCUGCAGGAAACAGCGGAAUAUGCACCUUCUUCAAGCCUCAGAGUGAAAAGAAUGGUACGCUGGCAAUCGAACUGAUUAAUUCCACUGUCGGGUCCCCGCUUGGCGUUAUCAAUCAUAUCGACGAAGACUCAGAGUAUCCAUUUGUUGGAAUUGAGGGUGUGCUAUCGUUCAACACCUCGGCGAAUCUUACAGUGGCUAUUCUGGGGAGCAUCCGGAACAUCCGCGACUUUACUGAGGGGCCCAGCAUCCUUAACCCUGUGAUCCAGAAUGCUACCAAUAUUACAAGAGCUAAAAACGGAGGUGUUUUGAUCUCUCGGUCAUGGUUGGAUAACGUCACGACUACGAACCUGUUGCUGGAGCCGUGGGAGAACAAGCAAAGUAGAAUCGCUAUCGAUGACGAGACUAUCAGCUUUGGGGCUGGUUUUUACCGAUUCGCUGCUUCCUUCAACUACCCUCAGCUUAAACAGUUAUCACCACAACAAGUCCUCAAUAACCAAUCCAAAUCUCUAAUGCAGAAAGAAGAGUCUCAAGUCCGCUCUCUAUCAUUCUUCUCCUAUACCGAUAAACUUCUUGCCGGCGGCUGGCGGUUCCUGACUUAUUUCGGUCGUGACACCAUGAUCGCUGCACUGUUACUCGAGCCUGUAUUGAGUGCAGGCAACAGCUCGGCGCUGGAAGCGGUGAUCGGUGCAGUUUUAGAGCGCAUCAACCGCACAGACGGGUCUGUCUGCCACGAAGAGACUAUCGGCGACUACGCCACGUUUCUAAAAUUGCAAAAGGGCAUUGUCUCGACCGCGCCGGGCUUUACAUAUCCGAUGGUCGAUACCGACUUCUUUUUACCAAUUCUCAUGGACCGUUACUUCAGCGCAUUGCCAGGCCGAGUCAACCCGCUACUCAGCACCAAGGCAGGUGAGGUUGAUGUCGAAAAUCGGAACUUGACAUGGGGGAAUCUGAGCUACAUCAACGCACAGAAGAUCAUGAACAUCACAGAGGCAUUUGAAGAGGAACAGGUGGUAAAGAACUUGAUUCAGCUCAAGAAAGGUGAGCUAGUUGGCCAAUGGCGAGAUUCAAGCUAUGGCCUUGCGAAUGGUCGGAUACCUUUUGACGUGAACUGCGCCCUUGUGCCGGCAGCACUCUAUGCUAUCUCGAAGCUGUCAAAGAUACCGGGUGUAUACCCAAACACCUCCGAGACGAAGGAGUGGAGCAAGAUUGCGGAGGGAAGAGCAAAGAUAUGGGAAGACAGCACUUUGCCACUCUUCCAGUAUAACGUCACAGUUGAUGAAGCUACUUCAUAUUUGGAGGAUUAUGUCGAUACAAAUACCUUCUAUGAUGGCCCGACAAACUCAAAGUCGCUUAACUAUUCAUCCUCCGGACGAGUAAUAGAUUAUGCUCUGGCCAUUAAUACUACAAAGGACCAGGAAAAAAUACAGAUCACCCAUACCGACACAGCAUUUCAUCUGUUUCUCCUCAAUUCUACAAACAACGAGCAACUUACGACGUUCCUAAAUGCCACGGCAAACGCUAUACUCCGCCCUUUCCCUGCAGGUUUGAGCACACCAUUUGGCAUCGUCGUAGCGAAUUCAGCCCUGGCAGAUAACAAGGAGAUCACCGCUGGCUUCACAAACUCUGCUUACCAUGGUACUGUGGUGUGGAGUUGGCAACUAGCGUUGAUGGCCAAUGGACUAGAGCGUCAACUUGCAAGGUGUGCUUCGUCAAAGGACAAGAAUGAUAAUGCUCCAGCAUUCUGCACUGAAAAUACUGUGCAUAAAACUGUAAAGCUAGCAUACAAUCACCUAUGGGACAUUAUUGAGGAUAAUAGUGAGAGACUGCAGUCAGAGGUCUGGAGUUGGAGCUAUAGCAAAAAGGGUGGCUAUCGGUUCGCACCCUUAGGAACCUUACCGCCUCCCCCUGGAUUAGGGUCAGGAACAGAGAGCAAUGUUCGACAGCUCUGGAGUCUGACGUUCCUUGCUGUGAAAAGGAACAAGCUCUUCACAUGA